CAGAUUUUUUUCCGCGGGGAUAUCCGAUAACCCCUGCCCGCUCGCUCCCACACACCCCAAUGGCCCUCGCCACCGCCGCCUCCGCCGCGGCGGCCGCCGCGGCUAUCUCCGUCCACCCCUUUCUCUCCCGCCCCGCCUGCGUCCUCCGUUGCGGCCGCCGCAUCCCGCCGCUCCUCCUCCUCCGCGCCUCCUCAACCUCUUCCUCAGACUUCAACAUCACCUUCGCGGAGCCCGCCCCGUCCAAGGCCUCGCCCUCCGGCCAGUCCGCGCAGCCGCUGGUCCCCUGGAUCGCCCGCGGGGCGGACGGCAAGCCCGCCCUCCACACCUCUCCGCCGCCGGACGUCCUCCAGGCCGUCGCCGCCGCCGAGGCGGAGGCCAAGAGGGCCAAGAAGAGCCAGAAGGGUGCCGCCGGUGACGCCGGCCUCAAGGUGAAGGAGAGGAAGGCCGCCCCGACCGCGCCGCCCAAGUUCUCCAAGGCGGCCAGGAGAUUCUACAACGAGAAUAUCAGGGAGCACGAGCCGCAGCGCCUCGCCAAGGUCCUUGCCGCUGCAGGAGUGGCCUCAAGAAGGACCAGCGAGGAGCUCAUCUUCCAAGGGAAGGUCACCGUCAAUGGUUCUGUCUGCACUUCUCCCCAGACCAAGGUUGACAUCGCAAAGGAUUCUAUCUACGUUAACGGGAAUCGCAUUGCGAAGAAGCUGCCUCCAAAGCUGUAUUUUGCUGUCAACAAGCCAAAAGGGUACAUUUGCUCAUCUGGCGAAGAAAAGUCUGUUAUCUCCUUAUUGGAUGACUAUUUGAAAGGCUGGAACAAACUUCAGCCAGGAACACCAAAACCACGCUUGUUUACUGUGGGUCGUCUUGAUGUUGCCACAACUGGUUUGAUAGUAGUUACAAAUGAUGGUAAUUUUAUAACACUUGGUGGAAAGUACUUAGGGAUGAACAGUUUAAUGAUCCAAGACCUAACGUUAGUCGCUCUCCUUUCAGGUGAGUUUGCCCAGAAAGUUGCACACCCUUCUUCAAAUAUAACGAAAGAAUAUGUAGUAACUAUAGACGGAGCAGUGCACAAGAAACACCUCAUAGCUAUCAGCGAAGGAACAAGAAUUGACGGUAUCAAGGUCGUACCUGAUUCUGUAGAGCCAUUGGAUGCACAACCUGACACAAAAAGGACCCGACUUAAGAUAGUGGUUCAUGAAGGAAGAAACCACGAAGUCCGUGAACUUGUGCAAAAUGCAGGAUUAAAGGUCUACGCAUUGAAACGUGUUCGGAUAGGCAGGUUCCGCCUCCCAUCAGAUCUGGGGAUCGGGAAGAUGGUUGAACUUAAAGAAGCUGACAUCAAGGCACUAGAAGGCGACCAACGUGCUAGUCCAAAGGCCCGCGAUACUGCUAGUGUAGAAGUUAAAUAGGGACUAGAAGGCAACAACAACUAGAGUGGUGGUCACCUGAGUUCAUGAGCACUGUUUUUGACACCGUGUGGACAAUCACGUCGCCGUCAAAGGAUGAACACCUUCCUUGUUAGGUGUCAAGGCGAGAGCUACUCCGAGCCCAAAGGUCCGAUACUCUGCUAGCCUAACUUAAAUAGGGGCUUUACCCUGAUGGUCAAGUGAUUUUGCUUCGAAGAACACAUGAGCUGCUUGGCUGAAGAAUUUUCGGGAUCCCAGUGGUAGCGGUAUGCUCAGAUAGCAGAGUUGGUUUUUUUCUUUCGAGAUUGUAGCAGAGUUGGUUAUAUUGGCUAAUCUUAUGUACAUUUACCGAUUUAUCUGUGAAAUGUAUAUGCUCUUAAUCGAGUCA